AUGGUUGGAAACCUUGCGUGGAAUGUAGACGCCACGACCUCUGAUAUGGUCUAUCGGGUUGAAUUCGAUGGACACUGCGAUUGUUCUGCCCAGGCCAACACCCACUGCUCAAGAUGUCACGUCUGCCCCUAUGCUGUGACGUGCUCUUGCAGAGCUGGAGCUCUUGCUGGAGUAGCAUGCUCCCACAGCCAUGCAGUGAAACUUUAUGGAGGACAACCUACCAUAGAACCACCUGUUCACCUUACUUUGCAAGCUGAACCACAAGAAAUUGAAAUCCAGCAGACUAGCUACGCCUUAAUUUAUGCGAAGGUGAACGCCCUCGUCAGACAAGGGGAUGAAGGAGCUCUUGAGACUCUGUCAGCAGUCGCUGAACAAUUCUCCUCCGACUACAUUAUACGAAAAAUGAGGACAGAUCACGAUUCAAAAGAGUCGAAGUUGUACUUCGUGACAAAAAAAGAUCUGUGGAAUAUCAUGACGAAACAUAAUCUUGCUCCUGGAAUCCGCGAUAAAAACGAUCUCACAUCGUUGAGUAAGAGGGAGGAUGAACGAAACCCUAACGACGGUAUCCGCUACUUUAAGAUGCCAGACGAACCUACUGGAAAAGGAUUCAUUCUUGGACAAGAAAAAAUCAAACAGUGGGCCGCAUUCGAAAGAAGGGGGGUAGUGAUGAGCACGUCGAUGUUUGGGGAGAGAUGGCAUCUCCGGAUCAAACAGGAAAAACUCAAGAGGAAGGCCAACGCUAGGGUCGACUACGUUGUCGACAUGCUCAUUAAAGCAGUAGAAGAGUUGGCGGUCGACUUCGAGAUCACGGACCGUAGGAAACUAACCUCAUCAUUCCGUGUGAAGGAAAAUAAUGUGCAGCACAGACUAGCUGUUCGACUGUACAAGGAGAACUCAGACAAAAUUCAUAUGGUUGGAAACCUUGCGUGGAAUGUAGACGCCACGACCUCUGAUAUGGUCUAUCGGGUUGAAUUCGAUGGACACUGCGAUUGUUCUGCCCAGGCCAACACCCACUGCUCAAGAUGUCACGUCUGCCCCUAUGCUGUGACGUGCUCUUGCAGAGCUGGAGCUCUUGCUGGAGUAGCAUGCUCCCACAGCCAUGCAGUGAAACUUUAUGGUAUAAAUUUGCUAAAGUGUAAAAAUAAAGUACACUUCUACUUUGAAUCGCUGUAUUUAGGAGGACAACCUACCAUAGAACCACCUGUUCACCUUACUUUGCAAGCUGAACCACAAGAAAUUGAAAUCCAGCAGACUGUCAGUGAAUUGAGACCUACCCGUGACAUACGCGGGGAACUACAUGCAAUCCGUGAUGAAGUUGCCAAGAGCUACGCCUUAAUUUAUGCGAAGGUGAACGCCCUCGUCAGACAAGGGGAUGAAGGAGCUCUUGAGACUCUGUCAGCAGUCGCUGAACGUAUGCGCAUUGUGGCGAAUGAAAUUGACGUACCCAUCAGAGCAACAGCCCUUCUUACUCGACCUGAUGUGCCACUUACUGGAGGGAGAACUAAAUUGCAAAAAACGGAAUUGUACACGAGAUCAAGGAUUCGGAAACAAAUGAGAAGGUCUCAGUCUGUUGAAAACAUACGAGUAGAUCCUGAUGAAAUUGCAUUCUGCUCGCUCUGCUUCGAAGAAGACCCAGUCCUCCCCGAUGAUAUGGACCCAGAAGAACCGGACGCGAGAGAAACAGAAUGGAUGCGAUGCACCAACUGUCGUGUGUGGGUACACGCGGUGUGUGGAAGGGGUGUACGACAUCGAAAGUGUAGAGCAUGUAAGGUGGGGGAAUACAGCAUCUACGUGUAUGCAUAA